UUCUAUCAGGUGUAUUUAUACAGGUACAUUAGAUCAGACGUCACACUUCACAUCUCUGGCUGCAGAAAUGGCACUUAAGAUGCUGUUACUUGCGGUAUUAACGAUCUCGGUGUGGACAGCCAGCGCUAACCGGGGCCACGAUCUAAACGUGCUGAAAGGCACCGUGCAGACCCUAGCCCGCCAACUCAUGCUGCAGCAACUGUUCGUGGAGGAGAGAAUACGAUCGGACGGAGACUCGGGUGUAAAACAAAUCCGGGUGGCCAACAAGGGCACCAGGAGCUACUUUGCGGACACCAUUACCCAGCGGUCCGCCUUGGCCAUCCAUGACCACUCCAACUAUGAUCGUACAGUGGGUAUGGGCGAGUUAAUUGCUGUCCUCAACGGUGUCGAAUUCCGCACCCGACACAACGACUACAAACUACGCAUGCCCAGUAGACACUCCAAGACAUACAACGCGUUGGAAGACCUGCCUUUCCCCGAUGUGCCGCCUUCCGUUAGAAACAAGCAUACGGUGGUGGAACAGAUCAAGGAGAUGCGCGAGUACUUCCGGGCGUUCAAGGAACAGAACCCACAAAUCCGCUCAGACUAUAAGAACUUUUUCAAGCCUGCCAUGUGUUAUCUUGAGGGAGGCUGGACCACUAACACAGAAUCACUAGAAGAACCCUUCCACAGCGACCGCCAUUUUCUAGACGCGGCUGGCUGGACUGAUCUACAGAAGAAGAUCCGAUUUGCGUCUUACACCGGAAGUAAGAGCUUGAUGGAAAACUACGGCUUCCUACCCACCACACUUGUGGACGUCAAGAACGGAACACCUGUGUACGCCCAAUGGAACUACCGCAUCCUCUGCCAUCCAAUUAAAACAGAGCUAGGGCUUGGAGACUUCGCUCUUGUGGACGACAUAGGGUCACGUCUGGCCAACAGGAAGACUAUAGAUCAAAUGUCUAUGAACAAGGCGGCCAGGUUUACCCUGAACCCCACACACGCCAGCCACAAUUACAACAGCACGCGUGGACAUGGAAAGCUCGACAUCAGACUCUACGGACAAGGCAUUAUAGAUAACAUUAUGCAAGAAAUUCCAGGUAAGGACAAUUAUCUUGCAGACUUAAAUGAUCACUCAUUUCAAAAGACGGAGUACGAUAUGAAGUACUCCAACCUUACUCAGCUGAACACCGGGUACUAUCACCGCUGGUUCAAGUACCAACAAGAGGGCAAUCCUAGAACAUACACCGCGUACCGGGGUUACUCUGACCAGAACCUGUGGACCGCCCAGACAACACAGCAACAGAUAAACCCUCGCGAUGUCAGGAAUUGUUAUAACGAUCAUCACACGCAUAAACGCGUGUGUCAUAUGCAGAGCACCAGGUACACGUACGCUAUCCCACUAGAAAUCAUCUGGCUUACACCGCUGUAUAAAUGGAAUCCAUAUGACUUAACAUUCCACCAUGGGUCUCCCACAGUUUCGCCAGCGAACUCAGUCGACGCAAACGGUCGAGAUGGUGGGAUGAGCGCCACCAAAGCCUUCAACGGUACUCGCUAUGAUGCCUUUUAUUUUACGCCAAACGAGUUCUUCAAGAGCGGUGCAGACGUCACCAGAGAGGCGGUAGGUGUUCUGGACAAACACGACCAGGUUAGGAGCGUUCGAUCCUCGGGCACCCGCAUCUUCUUACCAGAUAUUGAAGGUGUUGGCAAGGUGAGACUAAGGUACCCCAUCGCGCCAGCGCAUUUUGAGGGUAACGCCGUCUACAAGGAGAUAGACGCUCUCAAAGAGAUGGUUAUGAACAUGCAGGACUACGUGAAGUAUUUUGAGGUACCACCAGCAGUUGGACAACACACGACCAACCAGACUCUCGUGAUUGCACCUGACGACGAACACUUUCAGAUGUCUAACACAACGUACCAUAACAAAAUUCACAUGCAUGACGUAUACUUGAGCAAACAGCAAUACCGUGACGUGUUGCACUCCAAAAACGUCACCGUGUACUCGUCUGUUGCCAUGGGACACCAGCAUCAACUCGAGAUAGCCGUAGAUCCACACAACCACACCGUCUUCAAGAUCAACAAGUGUGACGGUCAUCCAACUUGUUAUGACGGCCACUCACCCAUUCUCACGCAUCUUCCUUAGGCCAGACAUCACUUCUGAUGGCACGUCACUACCUAUGAGGAAGAGCAGAUUGCAUCAGUCUAAUUGAAAUUCACAUUCAAAAUAUUAAAUGGUUAUCAAUUUG